AUGAGAGAAAUCUUGCACAUUCAAGCUGGGCAAUGUGGAAACCAAAUUGGAGGCAAAUUCUGGGAGGUUAUGUGUGAUGAGCAUGGGAUUGAUCCCACUGGAAAAUACAAUGGAAAUUCUCACCUUCAGCUUGAGAGGGUGAAUGUGUACUACAAUGAAGCAAAUGGUGGCAGAUAUGUGCCUAGAGCAGUCUUGAUGGAUCUUGAGCCAGGGACCAUGGACAGCUUAAGAACAGGUCCUUAUGGGCAAAUUUUCAGGCCUGAUAACUUUGUGUUUGGCCAAAAUGGAGCAGGAAACAACUGGGCUAAAGGGCAUUACACAGAAGGAGCUGAGUUGAUUGAUUCUGUUCUUGAUGUGGUUAGAAAAGAGGCAGAGAAUUGCGAUUGUUUGCAAGGGUUCCAGAUUUGCCAUUCACUGGGAGGUGGAACAGGGUCUGGGAUGGGGACCCUACUGAUAUCAAAGAUCAGGGAGGAGUAUCCAGAUAGAAUGAUGAUGACUUUCUCAGUCUUCCCUUCACCAAAAGUUUCUGACACUGUGGUUGAACCCUACAAUGCCACCCUAUCUGUUCACCAAUUGGUGGAAAAUGCAGAUGAGUGUAUGGUCCUUGACAAUGAAGCCCUCUAUGAUAUCUGCUUCAGAACUCUCAAGCUCACAAAUCCAAGCUUUGGUGAUCUGAACCAUUUGAUCUCCACAACCAUGAGUGGAGUCACAUGCUGCCUCCGAUUCCCGGGCCAACUCAACUCCGACCUCCGAAAGCUAGCCGUGAACCUCAUCCCCUUCCCCCGCCUCCACUUCUUCAUGGUCGGUUUCGCGCCCUUAACCUCUCGGGGCUCCCAAUACUAUAGGGCCCUCACAAUACCAGAGCUCACACAGCAAAUGUGGGACGCCAAGAACAUGAUGUGCGCCGCCGACCCUCGCCACGGCCGCUACCUCACAGCAUCCGCCGUCUUCCGCGGCAAAAUGAGCACAAAAGAAGUGGAUGAGCAAAUGAUCAAUAUACAAAACAAAAACUCCUCCUUCUUUGUCGAGUGGAUCCCAAACAAUGUGAAAUCAAGUGUUUGUGACAUUCCACCAACUGGGUUGGCCAUGUCCUCCACAUUCAUGGGAAACUCAACCUCGAUCCAGGAGAUGUUUCGCCGUGUUUCGGAGCAAUUCACGGUCAUGUUUAGGAGGAAGGCCUUCUUGCAUUGGUACACAGGGGAAGGCAUGGAUGAGAUGGAGUUCACUGAGGCAGAGAGCAACAUGAAUGACUUGGUUUCUGAGUACCAGCAGUACCAGGAUGCUGUGGCGCAGGAUGAGGGAGAUGAGUAUGAGGAGGAAGAGGUGGAGAUUGAGAUGGAGGGGUUACCCAAGCAAAGUCGCACAACGGACGUUGGGAAUGUGGAUAGUGAGAUGAUGUAUGCGCCUAGUAUGGUUGCGCCGCCAUCUGCGGACAUAGUGCUACCCAAAUCGGCUUCUAGUUCUGAGAGCUUCAGGGAUGAGCUCAUGAAUAAGGUAAAUUUGGUUCGAAAUGUUAGAAUUAAUGUUAAUUCUUUGGAGGCAGAAUAUGAGGGUUUGAAUGACAGUGAAAUGCUCUUAUUAUCAGACUCCUUGGGAGAUCGCAUACCUACAACUAUCUCCAUGCUCGACUUCAACAAAAAGUUGGACUUGUCUCGGCCUUUUGAGGCAUUUGUUCAAAUUAACAAUGUUUGGUACAAUGUGGAGUAUGAAGGCCUUCCAGAUAUUUGUUAUAUGUGUGGUCGAUAUGGUCACAAAAGGGAACACUGUGAUGUGCCAGAUGCUGCCUUUGUGGAGAAGACUAGUGCUGGAUCCAAUAUGGGUAAUGAUGGUUUGGUAGGAGGUGAUACUGUAAUGGGGAAAGAAGUUGAAGGCAAUGGAGGUCGAAAUACGGGUUCUAGAUUUGAUACGUUGAGACAGGUGGGUGAGAAUUUUGGGAUUAAUGGUAGAACUGAGAGGGUUAAGGCUACUCAAACUUUCACAGAGCAACUGGGAUCUUCGAUUAAAGAUGUUAGAAAGGGAUCGAAAGUUUGGACCAAGUCUAAGGCUAAUCAUGGUAAAGCUAGAACUGUCCUGAAUGACAUUUCUAAUAUGAAUGUCAAGGAAAAUGGGAAAGUGCAUGCUACUGUUGAUAAGGUGAAGGAUGCUAGCUAUUCUAAAGUUGGGUUGUUGCUGAAUAAAAGUAAUCUGGUUUAUGACGGUAAGAAAUUUGGUGGGAAAAUAUCUUUGACUGACCAAUUGAAUAAUUGGAUGAAUGAUCAGAAUGCAUAUCGAGCUACAGGGGUCUAUCACUUUGGCCAUCAACCACCCAACAUAGCCAUUAAUUGUUCUAAUACUGAGGAAGAGGUGGAUACUUAUGUCAAUGUUGAUUCUCUGGCUUCUUCUGCUCAGGAGGGCUUGAUUCCAACAGAGAAAUAG